GUGCUUCAACGGAUAAUGCUUCUUCGAUGAUUAAAGCCAUGGAUCAACUUGGUUGCACUGCGUAUACGAUACAACUCGCAUUAGGAGAUGGAUUUGAUAUUGAAGAAGUCAGUAAUUUAAUUAAUAAAGCGAAAACAUUAAAUAGUUAUGUCAAUAGUAAAGAUAAAUACCGUGAAAAACUCCGUCAAUUGCAAGCUGAAUUAAAUCCACAGCAUCAAGUUAAUCCUCUUUCAAGUGAUACUAGAACUCAGUGGAGUUCAACCUACAAUCUUUUAAAAAAUCUUUUCCUUCUUCGUAAUGCUAUUGUAAGAUUAGCUAAUGACUUAAAACAAAAUGUUAAUCGUCAAGAACGGCAGGAUGGAACAAAACUUUCUGAGCUUCUUUUAUCAAUAGAAGAAUGGAAUUCAAUAGAUAAAUUAGCAAAACUCUUAUGUCCUUUUACGCAAGUGACAGGAUAUAUUGGAGGAAGCCAAUAUCCCACAUUAGGAAUGAUGAUUCCUACUCUCAUUAAGCUCUCUCGUCAUUUAAGAGAUUUUUACCCAAAAGCUACUUCACAAGUAGUAAAGGCUUGCUGUAGUAAAAUCAAUCAAUCGAUGUUAUCAAGGUGGUUUGAACCAUCAUAUCAUAGUCUAAUAGCUGCCUUUUUAGAUCCGAGAACGACCAAGUUCUAUUCAAGAACCCAAACUUCAAAUACUGGUCCCUCUUCUUUUUUUGCUUCUUUUUAUGAUGACGAUUAUGUUGCUCCAAAUGAAACUAAAAAUAUAUCAUUAGUUGAGAAAGAAGUAACACUUUAUGAUAAUUUACCUGAAAUUCCUAAAUAUCAUAUAACAGAUGAAGAAUAUC